UUGAACGGACGACGACUGCUGUCGAUUAGGAGGAAGAGGUGUGUGUGUAUCUUGUGUUACGCAUCUCGGAUCUAUAAAAUCAAGGACACAAAUUGAGGAAAAGUUACUUGUUGUCUUGCCCUUGAAAACUUUCAACAUCUUCGACCAUCCCAACAAUGUGUUUGUCUGCACCAGCAAGACACUAGCAAUAUGUUAUUGAAAGAAGUAAAAGAAUGGCUCACAGAAUAUAAGGGCCUGAACCCGAAUGAGUUACACACUUUUGCUCACAACAACUCAGAGAAUGAGGACUUGCUGCAGGCCCUGCAUAAGCUGUUUGAUUCCCCUCCAUUCUACGUGCAG